UUUGAUGUGUGAUCAGGCGCUCACCCUGGCCAUUCCCUCUAUGGCCAUUCCCUCUAUGGCCCUCAGUCUCCUUCUCCUAUCUGCAUCGCCUAUGGGCGGACAGUUGGUGAUGGCCACAAACCCUACAACGCCCGUCCCAUGGCUCUCGUCCUUUGGCCUCAGGGAUGCAUAUAAGCCAUCCCCCUCAGACAGCUGCUGCAGGAAGGUCAGCUGCAGCCGACCCGAUGCGAGGGAGGCCCUUGGCGGAAUCACCGUCUCAGAGGCAUCCACUUGCUCGCCCUCAUGCUCUAUGGUCGCCACAAGGUCGAAGAGCAGGGGGUUGCUGAAAGUGAGCUGUACUACAUUCUUCGUCGUCAUCUUGAGGUUCAGUAUCGAAUCGUUGUCGGCUUCAGGGGCGAUGGUGUACGUCAGACCGUUGACUGUCUGUCGGAAGACCUCUGUGCCGUUCGCCGCUGCGAAGAUGAAGGUCAUCUCAUUGCUCGCAUCAAAGGGCGUCUGACUGGUGAGCGAGUCGUCCUGUGAGAUGGUCGCAGAUGAGACAAUGCUGUUGCUCUCAUCGACGGUCGUCAGGGAAACACUGCCCGGGCCGAAGUUCUGAAUGGCAUAAACCACAUGACCCACAUGCAUCCUGUAUUGUGCCAUGAGCCAUGCCAUCUGUUUGCACCUGCACAUACAGGGAGAAGCUCCCGUCCGUUUUCAUAAUACCGAUCACAGCGAGGUGGUUGAGAGAGCCUGGCGUGAGGCGCGAAACGGGCUGCAUACAGCACACAGGACAAACAUCACCAUGCACAUCAAGACACGUCGUGAUCCCAUUCGUACCGAGAAGGCCUGUGCUUGCGUUGAAGUCUGGGCCAGCACAGCAGACGGCAGCAGGGCAGGAACAGCAGCCAGGAGACUCAACACAACGCACACAGAUGACACCAUCUUCCCUCACAGCAGCCACAGCACGCGUCUUCACUUCUGGACUCGGCAAACACGCUGGCUUUAGGUAACGAAAACGACAUCUGAUUGAGAGACAAUGCGGAGCGGAGAGUUCUC